UGUCACUGCACCCACGAUAUUGGCCUUGUUGUCUCCAGGAGCCAACAACACACUAGCCGAGGGCUCGCGAUUCACCGGUUGAGCCUGUUCUAGCAAAUAACCACACCGACCAAGCCGCCUACCAAAUCGCAACUUACCCAAAUCACCCAACUUCGCCUUCUGGCGGACAAGGAGGAAGUCGGACCUCGCCCAUAGCAGCAGCACCACCAACUCUGCCCCAUGGAUACAAUCAUCCACCAACUGGCCCACACGAAGCACAUUUGCACCCGGAAUUACGAACUCACGAGUCAGGCCCCACAAACGGAUAUCAACCAGUGCCCGGAAUGAUGCCUGUUGGCGUCCCUCCCCAACCCGAGCAACAAGGUGCCAUGCCUGCCCCCAGUACGCCUGUUGGUGUAUCACAAAUGGGAAUCGUGAGUCCGGGCGAUAGCGCUGGUGAUGGUAGGAAGUCCAAACGAGAACUGUCACAGUCGAAGCGCGCUGCCCAAAACCGCGCCGCACAGAGAGCAUUUCGUCAACGAAAAGAAGGUUACAUCAAGAAGUUGGAGCAACAAGUCAGAGAUUACAGCGAGAUGGAAAUGAGCUUCAAGGCCCUGCAGAACGAAAACUUCGCGUUAAGGGACUACAUUCUUCACCUGCAAAAUCGACUCAUUGACGUCCAGGGUGACUACCCACAACCUCCCCCGAACAUCAGCCUAGCAACCCCCCACACUCAGCAACUUCAGCAACAGCAACCGCCUCCACCACCCUCCGUACCUCACGGCAUUGCGCCUGAUCCAGUCCAAGCUGUACAGCAGGUUCCUCCCGUCACCAGCGCUCCGUCGGCAUCCUUGGAGGAAGCCGCGCAAGCCGUAGCCGGCCUGAGCCGUAGUGACCACCACAUGGGGGGUACUUCCCGGGAUCCCUAUAACACGGCGGUCUCGGCAGCAGCUGCUGCUGCCGCUGCGGCGGCGGCUGCGGCGGCAUCUCGCACAGAUGAGGACGCGAGAACGGCGGAGGUGAUUCAGAGGCAACUGCAGGCGGAUAACAACUCAGGCAUGUCGGAUGGUCUCCCACUUCAGCAAGCAGCUAUAUAGGAAAAUGCUGGCACAACAGAUUAAUUGGUGGAAAGCACGGGUCUGCAAACCAGUGUCGAUGGCCAAUCUAUGGUCGAGCUGUGGUUCGGCGUUCUUAUACCGUCUAUUCUUCGGACCUCGGUUCUUGGCUUUGUUACUUUACCAUGGCGUUGCGGGUUGAUCUCUAUAAUUCGAAGUCCUUACCUUUCACCUUCGGUUGAAUAUGGUGAUUUUUGGUGCAGCGUGG